AUGAUGUACGACCACCGAUUCGGCAUCGCCGCAGUGGCCGUGCUCGCCUCGCCUCUCGCCAUCAUUUCCGUCCUCAUCGUCCUUGUUGUCAUCGCUACCGCAUUCAUCCUUCUCGGCCACAUUGGAACUCUUCUGGCUAGCGUCUUGAACGUCGUCCUACCAAUUCCAGGCUUAAUCGCCUACUUCCACGCGCUCUCAUCGCCGAAAUCUCUCCUCGUUCCCUGCGCGCUUAUCGGAGCCGCAUGCGUGGUCCAAUUCUACGGCGGAUCGUACUUCAACAACUACAACAAUCUUUUUGACUUCACCUUCCCAGAUUGGGACUGGAACGUCUGGACCACCAAAAUCAAGAAGGAAGAGGAGGACAAAGAUCUCGUAGUCGAAGCCGAAGAGGAAACCCACAAAGACCCGAACAAAGAUCCAGCCACCGACCAUCCACAGCAGCAGCAGCAGCAGCAGCAGCAUCAGCCAAGUCCAUAUCUGAACGAAAAUCUCAAUCCGUACAUUCGACGCGUACCCCGCCACGCGCUCUUGGGGCGGACUCCCGGAGCCGAACCUGAAUUCCCCUACCAGCCGCGAACUCCUUGCUCUUCUUCUGCUGCCGCUUCUUUUGCUACUGCGCGAUGCUCUACGUUCCCAGGUUCGAGUCGGACGCAGCAUUUGCACCAGCAGCGACAGCCACUCGCGCCGCGAUGGUAG